CUAUGUUGCCCACCAAUAACAUGUGAGUUUCAUGGGGCUGACCACAAGUUGAACGAACUCCUGCAUCGUCGGUUACGGAUAUUUUGUUUGUAAUGAAAGUGUGAAUGCCGAGAAUUCCACUACAGAGAGCUGAAGAAAUAUUUCCUGCUGUGACAGGAUGAACUCUACAAAUUCAGAGAUUUUAGCGGGUCCACAUGGUGAGACAUACCCAGCAAGUCAUGAUGCAAGCCAAGCCAUGAAUAUAAAAGCUGAGGAAGUCUCAUACUCACAAGAUGAAGGGGAUCCUGUGCAAAUAACAUUUCAGGAGAUAAAGGCUGAACCUGAGAACUGUAGAAAAUUAGAGAAUACUUUGGUGGGUCCAUAUGGUGAGACAUGCCCAACACCUCAUGAUGCAAAUCAGGCCAUGAAUGUAAAAGCUGAGGCAGUCUCAGAUGAAGAAGACGAGGAGGAUCCUGUCCCAAUAACAUUUCCAAAAAUAAAGGCUGAACCUGAGGGUAAUUUGAAUGUGCUUCAACCCGUACAUGGUGAGGAUCGACAGUAUUCCUGCAAUGAGUGUGGUGAAUCAUUCAGUCAGCACAUUAUUCUGAGAGCACACCAGCGCAUGCAUAGUGGGAAAGAGCCAUUUUGUUGCAUUGUGUGUCAUAAAUCAUUCAGCUGUAAGAGUCUUCUAAAGACUCAUCAGCGCCUACAUAUUGAGAAGCCAUUUUGUUGCAUCGUAUGUAAUAAGUCAUUUAGUCAUCAGAGUCAUCUGAAGACACAUCAGUUCUAA